AUGACCACCGAACACGACAUCGACUCUGCGAAGUCGGGCAAUAUGCCCCCGGGGAUGACACCAAUGGGUGAUACUCGAACACAGUCAAUUGAGGACUCUAUGAAGCGCAGCAAGGAGUUCCGAGACUUGUUUCCGGACGUCGACUUUGGCGGAGGCGUUAUCGAACCCACAGUCAACCUCACUUUUGACCUGAAGGAUAAAGUCGACGAAGAAAACCGGAAGCGCCACGAGGGGCUGAUGGCACAGAUGUUCGAGCACGUUGCUGAACCCGCUCAGGCUGAACACUUCUUCUGGAAGGCAAGAGAGUGCCUGGAAGCUUACCCGGAGGUUCUGUCGCAGUUUGACAAGAUAUACCUUAACGGCAGGCCAGUGUCGGUGAUGAUUGGGCAGUUGAAUGAGGCCUUCUCCCUUCAGAAGGCCAACAUGGCGGGAAGUAGCAAGAUAAGCCAGGCGUGA